AUGGGUGACAAAUCCUCAGAUAAACCAUCUUCAAACAAUAAAAUGUGUGUGUCAAAUGAACCUUUGCACACAAAAAAACAAGAUAAAAAUUCGCACACCACUUGGUGCGGUUCAGUGAUCAUUCUCGUCAAUUCAAUGCUUGGGACGUCCAUGUUCAACCUCCCACUUGUCUUUCAUCAGUCGGGAGGAGUUGUAGUGGCCACAGCUGUUGAGAUUAUCAUGACUGUUCCAUUAAUUUUCCUUUCGCUGGCGUUUGUCCACUGUGCCAGGAAGCACAACUGCAGAUCCUACCAGGAGGUAGUUUGCAAAUACUGCGGCAAACAAAUCAACGCCCUGAGUGCAAUCAUGUUUGUGCUGCUGAUGUUCGGACUAAACGUCGUGUUGUUCAUCUUCAUAAGAGAUCAGUGGGAGAAAUUUUUGCAAAUGCUGCAAGUGAACUCUGUGUCCAUAGAGUUCUGGUACAUGGACAGGAAAUUUAUUACGAUAAUCUCCUCCAUUGUCAUCGUUCUUCCGCUUUGUUUCUCCAAGAGAAUUGAUUUUCUCAAAUAUGCAAGUUACGUUGGCAUCUUGGCAGCCGUGUAUUGUGUGGUGCUGAUAACUGUUAAGUACUUCACGGGAGUGGAUGGCUCGAAGGUAGGCCCUCUGAGGCACUGGCCAGACCGAGUUACUGACAUCUUCUAUGUGGUGCCGUCUUUCUCUGUGGGGUACCAGUGUACCGUAACUGUUGUACCAGUUUAUUCAUGCACUAAGGACCGGGAUAUGAACAACAACUUCACGAAAGCAGUUUUUGCGACGUUCAUAAUAAUAUUUUCAUUCUACACAAUGCUCGCUAUCUUUGCGUAUCUAACCUUUGGAUCGUGUGUGCAGUCAGAUAUAAUCUUGGCAUACAAAGCUACACCAGAUGUCAUGGCUGCCGUAUUGUCUGUCGCCUUGAAGGUGUACAUGUUGUUUCCUGUCCCGUUGUUUCUUGGAAGAAUGACUUUAGAAGAAAUUUGCCAAAAACUUAAAAACAUGAAAUCAGUUGGAACAGAAGCUGACAGUGGCACAAUUGAAAUGACCGCCGAAAACUCAAACACCUGCAACAACGAACCUGCCGCCAUAACAAGCACCGAUGAUAAGUUGGAGGUGAGACGUCGGGUCAUGAUAACGUUGUGCUGGUUCAUUUCAACUUUGCUGACCUCUUUGUUCGUCCCUGACAUUGACAAGGUCAUUUCAUUCCUCGGAGUCUUGGCUGUAUGGUUUUCAUUCAUAUUUCCUGGCAUAUGCAUUCUGAGAUACAUGUUGAUGUACGACAAUGGGUACAAUCGCAUCGACAACUUGGACUCCAACACAAAUGAUUACCAAAGCCUCGACGGCCAAACUCUGAUUCCGUCAAAUGAAAAUGUUUUAAAAAGUAAAUGCAAAAGGUACGCGAAACUUGCACUGCCCAUCGUCUGCAUCUUCUUUGGAAUGUUCCUCUCAGUGAUGUCUCUUGUGCAGAGCGUCAUGAAGGUUGCCACUAUCAAUCCGUUCGAUGCAAUCUGCCAAGAAAAUAUUAAUGGGAAUGCGACUAUUAGUUAA